UUUCGCAUAAAAAACACACACCAUAGAGUCUAAGAUUGACUAAAUCUCCUUUCUUUUACUUUCUUCAUAACGUUUCCUUCCUUAGAAAUGGCAAAUCCAUCCACUAUUGUACCCUUGACAGUGGUAAGGCAUGAGGCUGAACUUGUAGUGCCUGCAAAGUCCACACCCAAUGAAAUAAAGCAGCUCUCAGACAUAGAUGACCAGGAAGGUCUUCGCUUUCAAGUCCCUGUCAUAAUGUUCUACCAAAAAAGUCCUUCCAUGGAAGGAAAGGACCCAGUGAGGGUGAUCAGAGAAGCACUGGCUAAGACACUUGUUUUUUACUACCCAUUUGCUGGUAGGCUUUUUGAAGCCUCCAACCGAAAACUUAUGGUGGAUUGCAGUGGGCAAGGGGUCCUCUUCAUAGAGGCUGAUGCAAUUGUUGGUCUCCACCACGACAUGCUUCAGCCACCCUCUCCUUACUUGGACCAGCUUUUGUACAAUGUCCCUGGCUCUGAUGGAAUCAUUGGUUGCCCUUUGUUGUUGAUUCAGGUGACUCGUUUUGUUUGUGGUGGAUUUGUGUUGGCACUGCGCCUAAACCACACAAUGUGUGAUGCAGCUGGUUUGUUCCAAUUCCUCAGCACAAUGGGUGAGUUUGCACGAGGUGAAGCAAAUGCACCUUCUGUGACUCCUGUGUGGGAAAGGGAAGUGUUCAACGCAAGAAACCCUCCGCGCAUAACAUGCCCACAUCACGAAUUCGAAGAGGUAAGAGACACAUCAAUGGCCAUGGACAACAACAACUUGAUCCAAAGGUCUUUCUUUUUCGGACAUGAAGAAUUAAUAGCCCUCCGGAAACAACUACCUCCAAUCCUUGGUAGUUGCUCAAAAUUUGAGGUAAUAACGGCAUGCUUAUGGAGAUGUCGCACAAUUGCACUUCAAGUAGAUCCUGAUGAGAUUGUUCGCGUUUCUUUCACUGUCACUGCGCGUGUUGUUAAUAGGGGUAUUUGUGUACCUCCCGGUUUCUAUGGCAAUGCAUUUGUGUACCCAGCAGCACUUUCAACCUCGGAAAUGCUAUGCAGAAAGCCAUUACGGUAUGCUGUGGAGUUGGUAAAGAGUGCAAAGGGUCAGAUGAGUGAAGAGUACAUAAAGUCAGUGGCAGACCUUAUGGUGAUCAAGGGAAGACCCUUGUAUACGGUGGCUGGGAACUAUAUCGUUUCGGAUACAACUCGAGCUGGGUUUGAUAAACUCGAUUUUGGAUGGGGAAACCCGGUAUAUGGUGGCAUUGCCACAGCCAUUUCUUUGAUUAGCUUUUACGUUCCAUUCAAAAACUCUAAAGGAGAGGAUGGGAUUGUGGUACCAAUAUGCUUGCCACCACCAGUCAUGGAGAGGUUCAAGCAUGAGCUUCACAAAAUGACUCAGCUGGGAGGUGUGGAAGAUUCGUCAUAUGAAUGAUAAUUACCAUAUAUGGUCUCAAAUGGUUGCUAGCUAGAAAAUCAGCAACAAUGAAUGAUAAUUAUAAUAUAAUGCUUUGUGUAUGUGUACCGUCUGAUGUAGGGAUUUAAAUUUCAGAUUGUCCUUAUUUUAUGAAGGAAGAAAAUAUAAAUAAAUUUCCUUUAAUUUCCAGAAGAAAAAAAAUAGAAAUCAAUGACGUAUGAUUUUUGUAAAUUAUCAAUAUUGUAUCAAAAACCUAGUUGUACUCAUUGAUGGUGUCCCAGUUCUUGGUCAGGCUUAAAGAAUAUUAUAGACUGAUUAUAGAUAACGAAAUUAAUACUAGUAUCUUGUUUAUUAA